UGGAGUGAGAGAAGUCGCCAUCACUCUGCUGUCUGUCUUGCUCUGCUCUGCUUGCGGCGGCCUUGGACUCCCCUGUUCGGCCGUUCCUCUCCCCCUGCCCGCGCCUCUGUUCGGCCGCUUUCCCUCCCUCCGAGAUCAUGGGGCUACUCAGCAUCAUCAGGAAGAUCAAGCGCAAGGAGAAGGAGAUGCGCAUCCUCAUGGUGGGUCUGGACAACUCGGGGAAGACGACCAUCGUGCUCAAGAUCAACGGGGAGGACACCAGUGUCAUCAGCCCCACCCUCGGCUUCAACAUCAAGACCAUCAAGUACCACAAAUACUCGUUGAAUAUAUGGGAUGUUGGAGGACAGAAGACUAUCCGAUCUUAUUGGAGAAAUUACUUUGAGCAGACAGAUGGCCUAGUUUGGGUGGUUGAUAGUUCAGACGUACGAAGGCUUGAUGAUUGCCGUGCUGAACUCCACAAUCUCUUGAAAGAAGAGAGACUAGCCGGAGCUUCGUUGUUAGUUUUUGCAAAUAAACAAGACAUACAGGGAGCUCUCAAACCAGCUGAAAUUGCUAAGGUUCUGAAUCUGGAGGUGAUGGACAGGAGCAGGCACUGGAAGAUCGUUGGCUGCAGCGCCUACACCGGCGAGGGGCUCCUCGACGGAUUCGAUUGGCUCGUGCAGGACAUCGCUUCUCGGAUCUACGUCCUAGACUGAUAUUUUGUCAUGCCUUGUCAUGAUAAAAGCUGUCAUAAAUCUUCGAACUGGAAGAUAGGGGUCUCCUCGGUAAGUGAACUGGAAGCUUGAUUUUUUUCCCCCCAUCCCAGUGUGCAUCACAUUUAAUGUGCUAUUGAGCUUAUGUGAAUCCCUUUGUCUUAGCUUGAAAUGGUAAUGAAAUAGCAUUUCAAACAUUGAGGGAUACUGUUUCUUCGCCACCCUAGGCUAAAAACUAUAUGUAUUCAGACCGUAUUCCAAUUGAAUGAUCCUUGAAUAUUGAAUUUAA